UAAAGAUGCUCCAGUGGAUUUGACCGUCACCGGCAAGAUUGGGUAGACAGUGGCUGCCCUGAAGAGUCAAAAGAUAAGAUUUGUGAGAAGAAUAUAGGCACAACUGAAACACCUCCAUACUCCACCACCACUCUUCUGCCAACUACCACGAGGUUCAGAGUCUUAACAACCACCAGAGGAUCCACCUCUUCCCACCUGCCAACUAGCCUGCCCACAGAAGAUGACACCAAGAUAGCACUGCACCUAAAAGAUAAUGGAGCUUCAACAGAUGACAGUGCAGCAGAGAAGAAAGGUGGGACACUUCAUGCUGGCUUAAUUGUAGGCAUUCUAGUCCUGGUCCUCAUUGUGGCUGCAGCCAUCCUUGUGACUGUCUACAUGUAUCAUCAUCCAACGUCAGCAGCUAGUCUCUUCUUUAUAGAGCGACGUCCAAGCAGAUGGCCAGCAAUGAAAUUCAGAAGAGGAUCUGGACAUCCUGCCUAUGCUGAAGUGGAACCAGUUGGAGAAAAAGAAGGGUUCAUUGUAUCAGAGCAAUGCUAAAAUUUCUGGGACAGAACACCAGUACUGGCCUACCGGUGUAAGACAUUUAUUUUGCCUCUCUUUAAAGAAAAGGAGCCCUAAGCUGCUGUAGCCUGAUAGAAAGAAGAUUCUGGAUAAGCUUUGUCCAAGAAGAAAAACUAUCUAAGAUACCAGAUUACUGCUGCACGGUAGUUUUUGUUAGUGGACUGGGACACAAUGGUUCAUACAGAACACUUGUCAGUGGACACCUGCGGUAUCAGAAAUAUGGCACAAGUGCCAUGUUAUUUGCUUUAGGUAUGGGGAUGCACAGUAAUCAGAAAUAUAAUAAAGCUUUGGUGC